AUGCCGCCACAGCUACCUAGGUUCCCUGGCGGGCCCAACACCAUAUCGCCAUACCACCAGCAGUUCCCCUCCCACGCCCAAGGCCACGGCCCGAAUCAUGGACCCCCUCUAGGAGGAAACCCUUCCUACCUCAACGCGAACGCCGCUCAGAUCAGCCCCUUCUCUACGAACGGAAAUGUCCUCGGCGGUACCCCCGGCCUGAAUGGCGGCUUCCCCCUCGGCGCCGACACCGGUCUCGGAAGCCAUGCUGCGCGGAUGGGCUUUGCGCACGCGGCCAGCCUGCAGCAACAGCAGCAGCACGGGCAGCCACAACAUAACUUUGGGCUCGAUCACGGCGCGGCGCCGGCGCGGACGACGCAGAACAAGGGGAGAAUAAGGGAGGUGUGGAAACACAACCUUCACGAGGAGAUGGCGGUACUACGGGAGCUCGUCGACAAGUACCCGUACAUUGCUAUGGACACGGAAUUCCCAGGCGUCGUGUCACGGCCAAUGGGCUCUUUCAGAGGAAAGAGUGACUACCACUACCAGUGUCUGCGCACCAACGUCGACAUGCUCAAGGUCAUUCAGAUCGGACUGACGCUCUUCAAUGAGGAUGGCGAGACGCCGCCAGCAAGACCAAACUCGCAGCAAGACAUCGAGCUAAGUGCUGCUCAACGGAGAGCGGCGUCGCAAGGGCCGUUCCCAUACGCGUGGCAGUUCAACUUCAAGUUCUCCGUUAAGGACGACAUGUAUAACGAGAAGUCGAUCGAGUCAUUAUCGAGUGCCGGAAUCGACUUUGCGUCCCUCGAGAGAGACGGUAUCGAUCCUCACGAAUUCGCUUCCCUCCUCAUCCCAUCCGGUCUCGUUUGCUUUGACAACGUGAAGUGGAUCUCCUUCCACGGAGGCUACGACUUUGGCUACCUUACCAAGUUGCUGACCUGCAACGACCUUCCCAACGACGAAUCGGACUUUGACCAAGUCAUGAAGCUGUAUUUCCCGUCGGCUUACGAUGUCAAGCAUCUGAUGAAGCACGCCAUCCGACUUCACAACUCUGGACUCCUUACCCCCAGCGAUCCUAGCAGCGCCGAUAUCCUCCAGAAGUUUGAGCACAAGUCUGGCCUCGAGAAUAUCGCCGAUUCCCUCAAGAUUAAGCGCGUGGGAAAUGCGCACCAGGCCGGCUCAGACUCCUUGCUCACGGGCAAGGUCUUUUUCCAGAUGCGCGACAAGAUCUUUAACGGAGAGAUUCCUGAAGAGCAUGUGGGCAAGGUCUGGGGCUUGGGUAUCCCGGAGCUCCUGGUGUUGGAGAGAUUGCCAUUUGGUAACAACGGUGGCAACCAAGAUUCGGCGCAAAAUAACGGCCCUAAUGGUCAGCACAACGGGGGGCCGAGUACGCCCAAUACCGGCAGUGUCGGUCUCGCGAGCACGCCUGCCGCGCAAGCACACAACACCAAUGGCAUCUCCAUGGGACCAAUGACCCCAGGCGGGGGAGGCGGGGUCUUUGGCAACUUUGCCUUUGGGGGCGCCAGGUAA